CCUUCCUCCCUGGUGACGAGCUGACUGGGCGUUGGCACUGCACACCUGCUCUCAGUUACAAUCAACUCCAGAGACUACAAUAACCCGGUCUUCACUCCUGCUCCUCGCCAGAUCAUCCCAUAGAAUCACCUGGCAAGUACCAGGAGAAGCUUUGAGCUACAUUGUUGCUGUCCGUACUUUGUAGAGCUGUUUUCAGUGCUUUGCUGCAUUCCUUCUGACACCUUUUUUCACUCCGGACCUGCCGUGCCAUGACCCCCUGCCUGGACUCUGACUACUCUUCCGAAUGCCCCGAAGUAUAUUUUAUAUAUCUACCUAAAUACGUAUGCUUAACAACAGCCUGUGAGUUUUAUGUAUUCAGGUAGAUUUAUAGAUAUAUAUAUAUAGACAUCUAAUUGCCUUGUUGGACAUUAAAACGCCUCGUUAGGCAUUAACUCAUUCCCUGCCUUCGGAGUACUGCAUUUUGGGUUCAAACACCACUCAGUCCUAACAGAAUGUCUGCAUGUUAACUUUGCCACCGUGUUAGCAUGGCAAUGUUAGCAUUUGGGUCAAAGCUGGCCGUGCCUAAAUUACCUUUUGAUAAGUUCAACCCCCCCGACACAGAAUGGCCAAUCAUAGCGUAGCUAUCACGGAGGUGGAGCUAGUCGUGGUAAAAUGUGUCUAAUAGUGUUGUAAGUUUCUAAAGCGUUACGUGGAGCUAACAUUAGAAGAUCACAACAGCACGUCAUUUCAUUUGUAAUGGUUGAAAAUGUGAAUGAAGGACUACCUCUCUUUACAGGAACCAUGUUGUUCCUUCAUUUCAUUGUCUUCUGGUUCAUGUUUACACUGUGACCGGGAGACUUUAGCUUCUAUCUUUAUCUUGCUAACCUGUUUAUGCAGGUCAAAUGAAUAUUUAAGACAUUUCUGUCUGCUUCGCUCUGAAAUUGCUUUUUGGGAUUUUCCAAAACCUUAUAUUUAUUCAGGGAGUGCAGCUUGCGAUAGUGUAGGCCCCUCUAUAAUUCUGACCGCUUCACAGAGCAUUGUCACAGCGAGCAUGUUAGCAUGAUGACAUUAGCAUCGAAUACACUCUUUGUUGGAUGUGGCAACCUAAAUGGCAAAAGCUGUUAAGAUAUUUCACUGAAAACCUGAACUGAAAACCUUGUGGUGGUGCUACAGGAAGACGGAUCACCACAUUUGCUGGUUGUCUGUUGUUGUUGUUGAGAUAUUUAUUGUAAUGUGUGAUGAGCCAACAUAUCAACACUUACAUCCUAGCGCUGCUAGCAUGGCCAGAAAUAGUUAUAAUAUAGUUUUUUUACAGCAUUUAUUCCAUCACAUGUUAAAGUUUAGUGGCCUAACAUGGCAUAACUUGUAAUUUAUGGUCCUGUGUCCUCAAAGGAAUGCAACAUCAAGGAAGUAUGCGCUACAAGUUCAACUUCAUCGCAGAUGUGGUGGACAAGAUCGUUCCAGCUGUGGUGCAUCUAGAGCUCUUCCAGGGAGAGCCAUUUUCCAGCGAGGAGUCUGUGUCAAGUGGCUCUGGGUUUGUGGUGUCGGAGGACGGCUGGAUCAUCACCAGCGCUCACGUACUCAACAACAAGCGGCGGAUAAAAGUUGAGCUGAAAAGCGGCUCGCAGUACGACGCUUCAGUCAAGGACGUGGACCAGAAGAUGGACAUUGCGCUCAUCAAAAUCGAACCAGAUAGUCCCCUUCCUGUGCUGCCUCUUGGCCGGUCCUCAGACAUGCGUCCCGGUGAGUUUGUGGUGGCGGUGGGAAGCCCAUUCUCCCUCCAGAACACCGUCACCACGGGCAUCAUCAGCACCGCCCAGCGCAACGGUCUGCAGCUGGGCCUUAAGGACCCGGACAUGGACUACAUCCAAACCGACGCCAUCGUCAAUUACGGCAACUCCGGCGGGCCGCUCGUCAACUUGGACGGAGAGGUAAUCGGUAUAAAUACCCUGAAGGUGGCGGCGGGAAUCUCUUUCGCCGUCCCCGCAGACAGAAUUCGGCAGUUCCUCACCGAAGCCCAUUACAGACAAGCCAACCGAAAUACCGCGGAGAAAAAGAAAUCCAUCGGCGUUCGGAUGCUGCAGCUCUCCCCAUCCUUGAUCCGAGAUCUCAAAGAGAACGAGGCCGAAUUUCCAGAUGUGAGCUCAGGUGUUUACGUCUAUGAGGUAAUACCUGGAACAGCUGCAUCCAGCGCCGGCUUUAUGGGUCGCGACGUCAUCCUCGCCAUCGACGGGCGGCUCGUUGGCUCCACGCGGGACGUGAUGGAAGCCGUCCGGAGCGCUGAUGUGCUUUCGGUAGUGGUGAGGCGAAAGGGGGAGGACGUUACUCUGACCCUCACGCCCAAAGAGAUAGAAUGAUUCCCGCUCCUCU